UAAUAUAUAUGUAUGCGUCAACCUGUCGUUUUGUCAACUGAUUUCUACAUACCUAAAAAAUGUUAAAUGACCUGAUAUUUAAAAUAACCGUUAUCGUUAUCGAUUGACUUAAGUCAAUUUUGGCAGCGGGCGAAAUUGAAGGAAACUUACAAACGAAAUUAAAAAAAAAAUUUAAGAUAUAUAUAUAUGGACAUAAGCCCUAAGAUGAUAGAGAACAUAAACGACGAUUGCCAACUCAUCAUUAUCAACUACUUGGACUAUCAAUCACAAUAUUUUCUAUGGGCGUCCUCAAAGUUCUUCGCUCCCCGAUUACAUAGAAAUGUCAGUGAUGUUCUUCAACGCAAAUCAAGCCAUGUUUUAGACUAUAAGUACAUGUUUCUCAAGAACAGUGGGCACAAUUCAAAUAAGCUGGAGGAUGCCUUUCUAAGUACCAUUUGCUCAACGGUACAACAUAUGGAACUGAAAUCAGUUACUAUGAAACACUUGCAACACUUGAUGCUGCACAGCUUUCCAUGCAUUCGAUCGCUAGAAUACAAACUGGAUAAAGUAGAUGGAUGUGAAUACAGUCGAGCUCUAAAGCUGCUAGUGGAUCGCUUUCCUGGAAUCACAUCGUUUAAGCCGUUUGGGCCAGUAAACUGUGGAAUAAUGGAAAAGUGGAAAUUCUUGGAGGAGCUGGAGUCAAAUAAGCGCAGCGUCUUGGAUAAGGGAGUAUCACUGCAUACAUUUCAGCAGUUGGAGCACCUAACAGUUAAUAUGCACUUCUUAAGGACCGCCUCCAUUGUUAGCGUCUUAAACUUGCCAAAGCUUCGUACGUUUAGUUUCUCGACUGAAAGUCCACAAAAUAGAGCCCUCUUACCUAAGAUUCUUAAACAGCGACCAGAGGACAUAUGUAAAUUGACCUUCAGAUUUAUCGACUGGACUUGGUCGCUGGAAUCUCUGCUACUGCUGAAAAACUUGCGCCAGUUGACGUUAAUAGAAGAUUUUUUUAAGAGAGGACACUUUCAAAGGUUGGUUAGUAACUUGCCAGUAUUGGAACAAGUGAACAUGAUUGGAGGCCAAUUUUGGCACUACGAAAUGGACCUCUGGGAAGCUGUCGCCAGCUGCAGCUCUCUCAAAGUUUUAAAUUUUUCUAACACGCUGAUUGAGGAUGACUUUUAUGAUUCGAACAGACACUUCAUGUACCAAGCAUUGAACAAUCGCUCACAGCCCCUUCUGAUGCAUUGUUAUAAUACUGGCCAGGACUUACGUGAUCCUGCCGAAUAUCAGUAUCUGAUCAGUAAACAUUUCAAUCAUCCAAAUUUGAUAGUCUCGUUUGAGAAACUACCAGUGGAGGAAAUUCCUUUCCAAUAUACAAAAAUAGAGUUUGCACAAACUUAAUUGGCUUAUGAAACCUCUUUAGAAAAUAUAAAUGCUUUUAAGAUAAGAUAACAGAUGAACUGGACCACGAAAUCUAAGCUUUCGUAUUUUCUUUAUGAUCGUUAAUCAGCCAAGACUGUAACACUGUAGCGGCAUUUAAAAAUAAUGAAUUUUCUAACUAUAUGAAUGCAAAUACUGAAUAUUAAAUAUAUUUUUGUAA